AUGUCCAUCGCAAAUCACAGCAGGGUAACAGAAUUCAUCCUCCUGGGGCUCACAGAUCGCCCAGAGCUGCAGCCUGUCCUCUUUGUGCUGUUCCUGGUUGUUUAUCUUGUCACCCUCAUAGGUAACCUGGGCAUGAUUAUACUAAUUAGACUGGAAACUCGCCUUCACACACCCAUGUACUUCUUCCUCACUAAUUUAGCUUUUGCAGAUGCCUGCUACACCACAAAUGCAACCCCACAAAUGUUAUUUAAUUUCUUAUCAGAGAGGAAGACCAUCACCUUUUAUGGUUGCUUUACACAGUGUUGCAUCUUCAUUGCACUUCUUCUUACUGAGUGUUACAUGCUGGCAGCAAUGGCUUAUGACCGCUAUGUCGCCAUAUGCAAUCCUCUGCACUACAGUGUGAAAAUGUCCAGGGGUGUCUGCAUCUGUUUGGCCACAUUGCCCUUUGUCUAUGGCUUCUCUGAUGGGUUGUUCCAAACUAUCCUGACAUUCCGCUUGGACUUCUGUAGGUCCAAUGUCAUCAACCACUUCUACUGUGCUGACCCGCCACUCAUUAAGCUCUCUUGCUCUGAUACUUAUCUCAAAGAACAUGCUAUGUUCCUGUCAGCUGGUUUCAACCUCUCUAGCUCCCUCAGCAUCAUCCUGAUCUCCUAUGCCUUCAUUCUGGCUGCCAUCCUCAGGAUCAAGUCUGCAGAAGGAAGACGCAAGGCAUUUUCCACCUGUGGUUCCCACAUGAUAGCUGUCACUCUCUUUUAUGGGACACUCUUCUGCAUGUAUGUGAGACCACCCACGGAUAAGAGUGUGGAGGAAUCCAAAAUAAUAGCUGUCUUCUAUACCUUUGUAAGUCCAGUACUUAAUCCAUUAAUCUAUAGUUUGCGAAACAAAGAUGUGAAGCAAGCUUUGAAGAAUGUCCUCAGACAAAGAGUGGUCUCUAAGAUGGCGGUGAUUCCUAUUCUCAAUAAGUCUUUAGUCUAA